UAUUUGUAAUGGCAGUUUCCCUGUAUCAACCUCCAGAUCCGCUGACGAUCGAGCAGUUUCUGUCGCCUUGCAGCAUAAUCCAAGUGACGCUGUGUCCUCUAGCCUUGAGGAGUUUCACGAAAAUGGAGAACAUGGGGUCGCCAUAUGAGGUGGUGGACUCAUUGGGUCUGUUUGACGGCGGUCAUUACAGAAUAGACUACAGUGAGUUCAGGAUUUCCAAGCCCAAAAGUGUUGUCUAUGGGUGCUUUCUUACUGGCUCCCAACCUGGCUGGAUCCGAUGCAUUGCCUAUGGUUCGACUCAAGAAGCCGCUUUGAAUGCCUGUUGUGCCCAGCUAAUUGCAAUCUGCUCUCAGAAACCAGUGUUAGCCACCAACCUUCUGAGGAGCUAUCAAACUUCUCAGAAUGGAAAGUUCCAAUUGUUCAGUCAGCCUUGUCUGGUUGCAGCUCCUGAUACAUCAGUGUCGUUGACGACUCCCUUGAACGAAUCAGAACUGGCAAAUCAAGAUGUAAGUGUCUUGGAACAAUCAAGGAUUUCAGAGAGUCAAGAGGAGCCCCAGUUGAAGAAAGUAAAAGUAGAACCCGGCAUCAUUGACCCAAACUACAUGUGUUCAACUCCUAUUGAUAAGAAUCAAAUUUCUAAUAGCGAAUCCUCUGCGAGGACCAAAAUAUCUGAUGAUCAUGUGAAAGAUUCUAUGCUCUGUAGCGAUAAUCAUGGUGUUGAAAAGGAGUCGACCAGUGAGUUCAAUAACGAUGGUUUGACUCAAAGCAUGGAAGCUCACAAAAAUGGAGAUUCCAAGAUUGGCCGCGAGCGGAAAACGUUGAAAAAUGUCUCAAUUGAUCAGUUUUUUGACAUGGAUCCGAAGUUUUCGCCAAAGUGUACCAAUCUAAAUGACCGAGGGAGACGUUUCAUCGAAACAAGCCUGGAGAAAGGCAACUUCUUGACCCCUUCGAAUGCCAUGUCUUACGUUGCGACUCAGAAAUUUACGCAUGUGCAUAUGCAGUUCGAAAGCAAAGAUGGUCAGAUCAUGUAUCUCUUUGGCUUGACCGCAUACACGCGAAAUCGCCGAACUGUUCGAACUAUCGCAUUUGCUAACCAUCCUUCAUUGGCGAGGUCCGCUUGCUAUGCCAAGAUGUUCUAUCUGUACUUCGAUGAACGGCACUUACCGACUGAACUUCUGCGAAUACAUUGGGUCUCUUUGAAUGGCCGGGGCAGGUGGGUUCUCCAUGCUUUGCCGGAAGAAGUUGUCGUGGACGCGAGUCUAGCCGGGAAGUUUUCACAAACAUUGUGCUCUCAUGGAGUAGAAACUGAAUGCAAAAUAGAAUUGAAAACGAAUCUAUAUAGAGCGAACGUUUCUGGGGACCAUGAGGAAAAUAUACACGUUGAAGAUACAGAAAGAACUUCCAUGGAGGAAAAGGUAACCGGAAUCACGACACAUGAAAAAUCUCCCGAAAGCCAGGUCAUUAGCUUCGAAGAAUAUCUGGAUAUCAAUCCGGCUUUUCGUGAAGAAAAGCACUUGCCUUUAAGUAACAAAGGCAGAAUAUAUAUAAAUGCCAGAAUUAGCGAGGGUUAUAGCACAAUUGGUCCAAAAGGAAAAUGGUUGUUUCCUUCUCUGAUUAAAGAGAACUUUCGACUGUGUACGAUCAACAAAAGCAGUGUGUUCGCUGCCUUUUCAUCUGCCUCAAAUUCUUUAACUAUGGCAUUCAGUAACAAUAGUAAAACGGCUGCUUGUGCAAGUAUAGCGAAAUUGAUGUACGUUAUCUACGGCGAGCGCCAACUAGCAGUAUCAUUCUUCCAGAACCAUUGGCGGCAACCACUGAAACGCUCAUCUUUUUUAUACGAUAAACCAAAUCUUAAUAUGCUGACAUGUCGCAGUCGUACUGUUUUGCAUAGAUUCCAAAAAAUGUUUGGUUUUACUAUCGGCUGUAUAUCAAAACGUUCUAGUGUCAACAGCACACGAGACAAUGACGAUGAACAUUUUGGUCAGGGUAACCAUGACUGCAAACCAAACCCGUUUUGCGCUCUGAAUGAUUCUUUUCAAAGCGUUUCAUCCAAUCAAACAAAAAACAACGAAUUUGAUAACUUAACAACUAGUCAAACAGGUGCAGUUGAAAAAACACAUGUCGAUGACCCUGGCAUCAUUACCGUUGAUGAUUCGGAGGACGAACAUAGUGAGCUCGUUGGACUAUUUUCAACUCAAAAGCCAGAAAUAAAGAACUCAAACUCAAUGGAUGUCAUCACGAAAAGCGGGAAACGAAAGCUGGUGAGCUACUCUAAUGCCGACCUACUCCCGUGCUCCAAGCGUCUUAAGAAUUUGAUGACUGGAAACGAGACGUUGAAAUAUGAACUUGAGUUGAUCAAAGAAAACGUGAAGCAAACUAAGCUCUCAUUAAAUAACGAUGGACAAAGAAAAGCUGGAAAUAAAACUAAAAUUAUUGAAAAACGUCUGAAGGGCCUCCAAGAAUCUAUUUGCUGCAACAAUUUAGAGCUUUCAGUUGAAAAUAAUCUAGUUUCAAAGGAAUUCGUUGUUACCCUAACAGUCAAUGGCACGUUCAAGUUUUCAGACAAAUUUGAAAGCUUCGAUAAUUUUUCGCCGCAAUUUUGCAAAACAUUGAAAAGGACCAAAAGGUUCGUCAAAUUGCUGGAGGAAGCAACUGAUGCUCCUCUGAUUCCCGAAGAAAUGUCUGAAAAUGUUCCUUUUCUCGCGAAUAUUCUUCAAAAAAGUGCAGGCGUUGAUGUCGAUUUGCUGCCGGUGACUUACAAGUACAAUUCUAAGCACGGAAAAUGGCGGGCUUUUUUGGAAACAAAAGAUCAAAUUUUGAAGUCAGAACUGAAAUUGACGAAACAGGACUCAGCGAAAAGACUUUUGUUGCCAUAUAUGACUGACAUUCUUGGUUUUCAAGUUGUAUAAUACUUAUUUCAAUGAUUUUGUCGUCGAUUAAUGAUUCGUUCUUUUUUUUAACAGUCUAAUUUUUUUAAAGAUUAGGUA